GUAGUUUACGGUUCGUAAAUUACGAAGUUAAGAAUAGGUUCGCAGUACUUUAAUGCGAACUUAACGACAUACCAGAAUGGCACUGCGAAGCGCUCAGGGCUGCAUGCAUGCAGACAAUGACCCACUGGUGGAAGAUCUGCUGACGCUCAAGCUGCGAGUGCGUGAGUCUACCCACUUGGUGUCCAACUAUGCGCGAGCCAUCACCUCCGUGCGCGCUUACCCUGAACCAUUACGCAGCGUCGCAGAGGCCAAGAAGCUACGACAUAUUGGCAACUACAUGGCCAACCAGAUCCACGGUAUUUUAAGAAAGAGAGGUCUACUAGAGGCAGAUGACCGCGCGGCGUCGAGUGCACCACCCCCACCUUCAGCUCCUGUAGCGCGCGUACAGGCCGAGAUAUCGACGAGGAACACUUCAGCCGGGACACCAGACCGCUCUGCGAGAGACUACGCACCUGCUUACCGCAAGCAGCCGUGGUUCGUGCUGCUGGUGCUGCAAGAAGCUCAAGCGGUGGAUGAGGACGCCGCGAUGUCCAGUGACGCGCUGCUACAGCGGAUGCUGGAUACUGGGUAUGAAGGCAACAGUGCUAAGUUACGGACGUGUUUGGCGUCGCUGAGCGGUACGCACGAGGUGGUCAAGAGGUCCAACUUGGGUUUCUAUUAUCUUACAGACAAGGGUCAACGAAGCGCAGAAUUGUGUCCAGGAUCACUUACUGGGACUGCAACUACUACUACUACAGACUCAGGUACUACUCCAGCUGGAUCAAGUACUACUGCUUCAGGCAGCGUAAGGAAGAAACGGACUGGAGUAGUGAGGCAACGGCCAUCAAGUCCUAGCUGGACGUACGCUGAAUUGGAAGAUUCAGACGAAGAUAUAUUGACUGAGUUAAAUGCUUGUCGAGUUCCAGAACCCGAGCCUGAAGUCGCGGCCAGGAAACACACUGUACCUGAAGAUUUGAUCCGCAAGACGGACACGUGGGAGCUAGUGUUACUACUCGAUCAUCGUGAAAUCAUCGAGCGUCGAAAUCCACGGAUUUUGGAGAGAAAACUACUGGAACGGAAUGUCAACUGCGAAGUGCGCGUGCUUGGUGUGGGCGACGUUCAGUGGAUAGCGCGUAGGACGCGCAUCGUUGGAGAGACGCAGGAAUUCGUACUGAACGUCAUCGUGGAGCGGAAGGAAGUACAUGAUUUGUCGGGCAGUAUCAUCGACCGUCGCUUCUUCGAACAGAAGACGCGUCUGGCUACUGUGCGUGAGAACUGCGGUGACGUGCACGUUAUUUAUCUAAUCGAGGGAUCGCUGACGCAGAUAACCACAGUGCGUACAAGCGGCCUUCACACGGCGAUGGGUCGUACUCAGAUGCAGGACAAUUUCUUCGUUCAGCAGUGCCAGAAUGCCGACGAAACUGUGACGUUCCUUGCUCGUGUGUACGCCCGGCUACUGGCGAAAUUUCCGUCCAAUCCGCGAGUAGCGAAGCCAGAGACUUCGCGUUUGUUUCCUCCAAAUAGAUUCGACAAGGACGAGUUCGCAAAGAUUUUUUGUAAACCACUCCAGACUUUCGCCCCCUUCAACUCGCAGUUUCGGAAAAAGAACCAGUUUACCGUGCGCGAGAUUUAUCAGCGGAUGCUCUUGCAAGCUCCUGGACUGAGUGCUGCUAAGACCGUGGGUCUGACAGCCAAGUACAAAACAUUUCACGAUCUGGAGAGUGCAUUACGGAAACGAGGUCGAGACGGGGAAGUGGAGGACGUUCGAUGUGGGAAAUCUCAGCGUCGGCUUGGUGUCAAAGCAAGCGAGUCCUUAACCAAACUACUGACAGCUCGUGAAUACACGGAGGACUGAGUCAAGUCUACCUUGAAGGUCUGCUUACUUGAUAUGUUCAUGGUUUUUUGGGGGCAUGAAUUGGAAAGAAAUAAUUGACUGGGUAGGGGCGAAUGCUCCUCAGCUCCUUGGUACAUUUGACGCUCUCUUUACCAUCUUGUGGUCUUAAGACUGAUUUUUAUUUAUAGGUAAACUUAACUCAGUUUCUAAUACAAACUAUAAUUCACCUAUAAUGAAGCUAUGUAG